CGAGUGCUGCCCCACUCCCGAGGCCGUGCGCGGCUCCUUUUGUCUGCCGCGUCCCCGCCGCCGCCGCCUGCCUCGGGCUCGCGCGCGGCCCCCGCCCCUCUCCUGCCCCCUCCCCUCCCCCCACCCCGAGCGGCGGGGCUGCGGCGCCGCAGCUGACUCGAGCGGCCGCCGCCGGGCGGAGGCUGCGCGUCGCAGACCUAGGCGGGCGGCCGGGCGGCGGCCCAGGGCGCGCGGCGAUGGCGGCGCAGGGCGGGCUGCGGCGGGCGCAGCGCGCGGCGCGGGGCUCGGGCUAGCUGCGGGGCCCGCCCGGAUGGCAGGCGGCGCGGGCUGGGCGGGCGCCCCCGCGGCUCUGCUGCGCUCCGUGCGCCGCCUGCGCGAGGUGUUCGAGGUGUGCGGCCGCGACCCCGACGGCUUCCUGCGUGUGGAGCGCGUCGCCGCACUCGGACUGCGCUUCGGCCAGGGCGAGGAGGUGGAAAAACUUGUGAAAUAUCUGGAUCCCAACGACCUGGGGAGAAUCAACUUCAAGGACUUUUGCCGUGGCGUGUUCGCCAUGAAAGGGUGCGAGGAGCUGCUGAAGGACGUGCUGUCCAUGGAGAGUGCAGGGACGCUGCCAUGUGCAUCAGAGAUCCCAGACUGUGUGGAGCAGGACAGUGAGGUUCCAGGCUCCACCUUUGCUGAUGGCGAGCUCAUCCCCAGGGAGCCUGUCGUCUUUCCUGAGGACGAGGAGGAGGUUAUGAUGACACUGGCCCCACCUGAGGGUUCCCAGGAGUCAGAUAUGGACAGCCCCAUGGAGAGCACCCAGAGCCUGGAGGGGUCUGUCGGGAGUCCUGCCGAGGACAAGGAGCGGGGUCUUGGGGGCCUGUUUCUGCCAGAGGACAAGUCCCUGGUCCACACUCCAUCCAUGACGACGUCAGACCUCUCCACACACUCCACCGCCUCGCUCAUCAGCAAUGAGGAGCAGUUUGAAGACUACGGGGAGGGGGAGGACGUGGACUGUGCCCCCAGCAGCCCCUGCCCCGACGAUGAGACCAGGACCAACGUCUACUCGGACCUGGGGUCUUCAGUGUCUUCCAGUGCGGGGCAGACGCCGAGGAAGAUGCGGCACCCCUACAACAGUGAGUUGCUGGACGUGUACUGCUCUCAGUGCUGCAAGAAGAUCAACCUGCUGAAUGACUUGGAAGCCCGCCUGAAAAACCUCAAGGCCAACAGCCCCAACCGAAAAAUCUCUAGCACAGCCUUUGGACGGCAGCUCAUGCACAACAGUAACUUCAGCAGCAGUAACGGCAGCACUGAGGACCUGUUCCGGGACAGCAUUGACUCCUGUGACAAUGACAUCACAGAAAAGGUGAGCUUCCUGGAAAAAAAGGUGACAGAGCUGGAGAAUGACAGCUUGACCAGUGGGGACCUGAAGAGCAAGCUAAAACAGGAGAACACACAGCUGGUGCACAGGGUGCACGAGCUGGAGGAGAUGGUGAAGGAUCAGGAGACCAUGGCUGAGCAGGCACUGGAAGAGGAGGCCCGGCGACAUCGGGAAGCCUACAGCAAGCUGGAGCGGGAGAAGAGCACUGAGCUGGAGCUGCUCAACACCAGGGUGCAACAAUUAGAGGAAGAAAAUACUGAGCUCAGGACGACGGUGACGCGGCUCAAGUCACAAACUGAGAAACUGGAUGAGGAGCGGCAGCGCAUGUCUGACCGGCUGGAGGACACCAGCCUGCGGCUCAAGGACGAGAUGGACCUGUACAAACGCAUGAUGGACAAGCUGCGGCAGAACCGCCUGGAGUUCCAGAAGGAGCGGGAGGCUACGCAGGAGCUCAUCGAGGACUUGCGCAAGGAGCUGGAGCACCUGCAGAUGUACAAGCUGGACUGUGAACGGCAGGGCAGGGGCCGCGGCUCGGCAUCCGGCCUGGGCGAGUUCAGUGCCAGGGCCCGGGAGGUGGAGCUGGAGCAUGAGGUCAAGCGGCUAAAGCAGGAGAACCAUAAGUUGCGGGAUCAGAAUGACGACUUGAAUGGACAGAUCCUGAGCCUCAGCCUCUAUGAAGCAAAGAACCUCUUUGCUACCCAGACCAAAGCCCAGUCUCUGGCUGCAGAAAUUGACACAGCCUCUCGAGAUGAGCUAAUGGAAGCCCUAAAAGAACAGGAGGAGAUCAACUUCCGGCUGAGGCAGUACAUGGACAAGAUUAUCCUGGCCAUCCUGGACCACAACCCCUCCAUCCUGGAGAUCAAGCACUGAGGCGGGGGCUGGCUGCAGAGCGGCCUUAGGACCUGGGGACCAAGGGGGCAGGCCCUGCCCGAGGAGGCGGGCCUGGGUCUGGGCCCCACACUCACACUGUAAAUGUACCUCUGGCCACCAUGCGUACCGUGUGCUGGUGUAUAUAUGGGCUGAGCGUGGGACCGUGGCUAUGUGGCACCUGCGCAGUGAGCUGUGCGUGCACUUUGUGACCCCUCUGCAAGGGGCAGAGGGUACUGGGAGCGGGAGGGAGCAAGGUCUGCUGUGGGAGUUCCUGCAAUAACAAGAACUGGAUAAAAUGAUUCUACCUCUGGGGAUAAGGAUUAGAAAUACUCCAGCGAGACAGCAAGGAGCAAAAUUGUGAUCUUGUCCAGGAGUCUGGUUGCUCUUCCAGCCUCUUUGGCCACCUUUCAAGCCCAGGUGUUUGAGCUCAAAGAGAAGGAAGGGGUGUCCGGGGGAAACCAGCCGAGGAGCCCCACGGGCAGCUCUCUGUGGAGCAGGUGUAUGAUGUCCAAAGGACUCAGGUUCGCAGAGCUGUAGGCAGGCCAUCCUCAUUUUGGGGGUGCUUGGCAUUUCUGGAGUUCUCCCUGCCCUCCCACCCCUGCUUACCUACCUCCCCUUUUUGGUUUUGUUUUGUUUUGUUUUUAAGACAAUGAAAUAUAAGCAGUAUUCACUUGGGUAUCAAACGAAGAAAGCAAAAAGAGAGAAGCAGCUUAGGGGGUGGGGUGUCAAAGCAGGUUGGGCAACCAAAGAAAUGAUUCCCAGGAGCAGGGCUCCCCACAGCUGGCAGAUGGACUGUCGCUUGUUGCUAGUGGACUCUUCACAGCCUGGUGAGGAUGGGCCUCGAUGGAUUCCAGAAUCCGAGCUCAGGCUCCACUGGGGAGCUAGCAAGGCCCCUUCAUCGGUCCUCAUCCUGGGGAGCAGCCACUGUGCUGGUGGGAGAUGCAGUUGGGAAAGUUGCAGAGAAACCUUUGUCUUCCAUGCUUCUAACACAUGGUGGGAUUUUUACACCAUGGAUUUUUAAUGUGAUCUCUCAUUCUAGGCAGCUGGGAGUAGAUAUGGGACUUUGAGUUCUCCAAUCUAUCUCAAUUUUCUAUAGCUCGUAAUUUAUUUCUUUUACCCAAAUUUGUAUAAACAUGUAUGGUCUUACUUCUUCCCCUACAGUUUCUUGUUUUCUUCAGCACAUCUAGUGGAAAAAGGAAGGUUUGGGCAUGUUGGGGAGGACAGAGCGGGUUGUGUGCAGAGAAGGCAGGCAGUGGAAGAUGAAGAGGGGACCUGGGGUCUUGGGUGUGUUCCCAGGUUUAGAGGCAGGACUGUGGCCAGGACUGAUCUUCAUUCCAUUCCAAUCAACUUUGCUUCUGUUGGAUUUUGUGAUUUCUUUUUAAUCAUAUGUGCAGUUUGAUCUCAUGCUGCAAAUAAUGGGGUUGCAUUGGUUCUGCCCAGGACUCUGGAAUUACCCAUACCAGGAAGACUGGGUGAGGAGUCAUCUCUGGUAGACUGUUCUCAGGACUCUGGGCUCCCCGAAAGGUCUGAGAAGAUGCAGACAGAGAAAGGUGGCCUGAGGAGUGAGUCUCUUGAGAAUUUGCCAGUAGCAAGGACUGGCCACAGCUUACAGGCAAAAGAAGAGUUAAGACUUGGCAUUGGUCUGGGUUUUAUAUUGGAAGAAGAGCCACUAAGGCCAGCCGAGUCAGGGCCCUGUUCCGUGGGGGCCUUACCCCAGGGAUGAGUGUUUUAUAAGUAGAUUUGUGUGUGUUCUUUAGCUGCAUUGAUGUGGAUUCAAUGUGUGGCCCAAAGAGGGCCACAGGGGCCAGAGUUAGAGCCACUAUGAAGGAAUUUCUGCCAGGGGAAAAGGGGGUGGGAAAAUGUCAGCCAGCCUGCUGCAUUCUCCUCGCUUCUCCUUGUAGGGGGUGCUAUUGGCAUGGGCUUCCUGAGUGGCAAGAAUGCCAAGCCUCAAAGACCCUCUGGACCUGGGCCAGUGUCAGGGAGGCCUCUGAGAGGGACUUUUAAAUGAGGGAGUGAGUUCCUUGUAAAACACACCUCACGUUAAACCCAACUUCCUUACUAUCUUCAGCCAGAAUACAUUUCUUAGAAAACGUUGUCACCUCAGCUCGUUAAGACCAUGUAUGUUUUGGGGCUGGAGAUGUAGUUCAGUGGUAGAGCGCUGUGCAAGGACCUGGAUCCAAAUCCCUACUACUGCCUCCCCACAAAAAAAAGCCACGUAUGUUUUCAGAAUGCUCUUCUGGUCCUGAAAACUAGCCUGAAGGGAGCAGAUGCCCCAGCCCCACAGCCUGGGCAGGUUCCUCUCUUGCUGUUUUCUGCCUUCCUUGCCCAUUUUCCAGCUGGGAGUUCUACCCCGGCUGUCCCUUGUUGUAGUGCUAGAUGGUAAACAUGGUGCCCAGUUAGAUUUGAAUUUGAGGCUAGGUGCAGUGGCACAUGCCUGUAUUCCCAGUGGUUUAGGAGGCUGAGGCAGGAGGAUCAAGUUCAAAGCCAGCCUCAGCAAUGUAGCAAGGCCCUGUCUAAAUAAAAUACAAAAAAAGGACAAGAGAUGUGGCUCAGUUAAGUGCCCAUGGGAUCAAUCCCUGGUACCUAAAUAAAUAAAUAAAUAAUAAAUAAAUAAAUUGAAUUUCAGAUACACAGCAAAUAAUUUUUAACUUUUAGAAUAAAUAUGUUCCAGUUAAUACUUGGGACAGUUUUUAAAUGAGCUUCAAAAAAUUUCAAUCCCCGAAGGGGCUGGGGUAUAGGUCAGUGGUUAGAACAUUUGCCUAGUGUAUGCGAUGCCCUGGGUUCAAUCCCCAGUACCAAAAAGCAAACAAAAAAACCCUGAUCCCUGGACAUUCUGGUUUGAUUGGGCCUCCUGGCCCAAGCCUCUGAAUCUGGGAGUGCCCCAGGUGUGUCUAACGUAACUGGGUGCCCUGUGUGGGAGUUUGGGGUGGGGUUGUUGCCAAACCCAGCAACCCUACCAAGGAGGGGUUGGUAGUAAUCUGAAGCUUAGAGAGUUCUUUUGGGUUUUUUCUUUUGUUUUUGUGGGGGUGAGGCAGUUUUUGUCUUUUAACUUUGAAGUAGCUGGAGUUAGACCUAGGUUAUUUUAUUUUAAACUGGUAGGUUUCUUUGGGAAUCAACAGAGGGGAAUUCCCUUUUCUUGACUUUAUUUCUGAUAUAUGAAAAUCACAAAGCUCAGAACCUCCCAGAGCACGGGGUCCUGAACAGGGGCUUCCAGCUUUGUGCACUGUAGUCAUCUGGAGAAAUUGGCAUCUCUGACGACUGGGCUGACUCUCCACAGGUCCAGACUGAAAUGCUGCGGCCCUGGCACCUCGACUGUAAAAAAUUUGUUGUUACAUAUUCAUCAUACACACAGUAUGACCAUAUAAUUUGACCAAUAUGCCUCCCCAGCACUUGCCCCCUCCCUCCCAUCCUCUGGUCCCCUGGUCUCUUUCAUCUACUGAUCUCCCUUUGAUUGUCAUGAGAUCCCCGCCCCUGCACCUUUCUUUUCCUUUUUCCUCUCUAGCUUAUACAUCCGACCCUUGACCUGAGUUUGACUUAUUUCAUUUAAUGAUGAUCUCUA